CUUCCGCUUCCCUCCCUUCAAAUCAAACAGCCCUCCGACUAAUCACCAGAUUCGCAACAUCACUACGUUAAUGCCUUUGAUUCAGCCAUUGUGACACCCAUUCAACAAAAUUGUGCACAUCUCCAGCCCGGGCGACCACCAGCAAUCUGAUUCCAGCCUCAAUGGCGUCCCUUGCCUCCAAACGCAAGUCCCCCGAGGACGCGUCCCGCAUUGAGGAAGCCAUCACUCCCACCAACAGUCCACCUAAGAAGAAGCUUCGCAUCACCCGCAACCAGAAACAGGCUCUGAUAGAUAACCUUCAGCUCGAAAUCACCGAACGCGCCCGCAAACUCCGUGCUCAAUAUGCUCUGCAAGCCCAUGACCUCCGCGCUCGGAUCGAGCGACGUAUCAAUCGAAUCCCCAUUGCGCUACGCAAGGCCAACAUGGGCGAACUGCUAGAAAAGCACAUGCGAGCACACCAAGAAAACACAUCCCCGCGCAAGCUGCUCAGCCCAGCCAAAGCAUCCCGGAAUUUUGCCGCCAUCUCCAUCAGCCCCAAACUGCACAAGGCAAGCUCCAGCGCCCGCAGGGUUCGCAAGCAGAGUCACGAAGGCAUCUACUCGGAUAAGGAGAACGCGCCUGCCGACGGCGAGUCCCUCGACGUGCUCAAGAACCCCAAAAGACGGGCCAAACCCGGUGCCGCGGCCGGCACCUCGCGGGUGGUCUCCCAGGAAAUGCGAGGCGCCAAUGACUACCGGAUUCUGUCGCCCAAGACCUCCAACUCGCGCACAUACCCCCAGUCGCCGCUGCGCGCCUCGCCCGAGAAAUCCACCAAUGUGACCUCCUACCUCUCCCGACCCAUGUCGCCCCUGAAACCCUCCAGUCCGCUGAAGGGCACCUCCGCCAGCAUGCCCGGCUUGCGGUCCGUCCGCGGCCCCGCGCCCUCGACAUCCGUCGUCCGGCCCUCGUCGCAGGCGGCCACCAGACGUCCGGCUAGUCGCGCCGCCACGACAACGACAAGCAAGACCCUGCGCUCGCCCUUACCCAGACCCGCAACCCGCCACGCCGACCGCCGCGGUAGUGUCUCCUCGUCCGCUUCAUCGGGCACAACCGUUGCCGUCAGUAAGCCAAUCCUCACUACCACUACCACCACAACGGGCUCCAAGAAGAGUGCCACCUCUACCUCCUCCACUGCUGCCAGGAAGACUACCGGCCCCCGCAGCCAAGCCUCCGCUACAGUCGCAGCCAAGCGCAACGCCGCAUCAGCAACAGCAACAGCCAAGCGCGCCACCACCGCGGCCGGCGGAGAAGCCGCACCAACAGCCGGCCGGAGGGUCCUUCGCAAGAGAGCAUGAUAUGACCACGACCCUUUUUUUAGUCACCUUGUCUGGUAACCACGUCAGUAUUAUUUAGCUUGUUUAUACCUUAGGCUCUAGUUUGCUUUCUGUAUGCUUUUGGAGUUCCGCGCGGUGUUUUUCCGUCAUCCAUCUGAAAUUCAUGCCAUGGGGUUAGGGGGUGCUUUGUGGGAAUUGAAUGGGGAAAGGCGUUCUUCGGUAUCUGAACCUGAAAUCUUUUCAAGUGUUAUUCUUUUAUUUUGAAUUGAUCGUUUGCGCACUCAACAUUAGCUUCUCUGCAUUCUUCGAUUCGAGCAUUAAAGAAGUGAAGUCGUUGAGGAGUGUCUUCGAGAGUGCCCUCAACUAACAUCUGGUUGCGUACUUACCGUAUGUUUUGGGAGCGAGAGGCCAUCCGACUACGGAGAAAGAUUCAAUAUCACUUAC